CACAUGUCUCUACUACUACUAGUACUUACUCUACUUCUUAAUUCUACUAACCCCUGUUUUGUUUGGCUUCUUUCCUCUGCCCCAAAAUUUUCUUAUUCAUUUCAUUUCUCCUCGUAGUUCCCUUCCUCUGGAAACAGGGGAAGAGACGCAAACACGAGGUGUGAGCUCGCAGAGGCUUCAAUGAGAGCCACGGAGAAGAAAUCAGGGAUAAUGGGAGGGGGUUCUGAGGGUAGUGCCGACGUUUUGCCGUGGCUGAAAUCGAUGCCGGUGGCACCGGAGUACCGGCCGACUGCGGCAGAGUUCCAAGAUCCAAUCGGCUACAUAUUCAAGAUCGAGAAGGAAGCGUCCAAGUACGGCAUCUGCAAAAUCAUCCCUCCCUUCCCUCCUUCUCCAAAGAAAACCGCCAUCGCCAACCUCAACCGCUCACUUGCCGUUUCAGGUUCCACAUUCACCACGCGCCAGCAGCAGAUCGGCUUCUGCCCCCGCCGGCCCCGCCCCGUGCAGCGCCCUGUCUGGCAGAGCGGUGACCACUAUACCUUCACGGAGUUCGAGUUCAAAGCCAAGUCCUUCGAGAAAGCGUACCUCAAACGCCACACCAGAAAAGGUCCGAGUCCAGGCCCAGGUCUGACCCCACUUGAGACCGAAACGCUCUUCUGGAAGGCCACGCUGGACAAACCCUUCUCCGUGGAAUACGCCAACGACAUGCCGGGUUCCGCGUUCUCCCCCAAAUGCCGGCACACAGGGGAUCCCACUUCCCUUGCGGACACUCCUUGGAACAUGCGAGCUGUUUCGCGGGCCACGGGCUCACUCUUGCGCUUCAUGAAGGAGGAGAUUCCCGGCGUUACUUCUCCAAUGGUCUAUGUUGCCAUGCUCUUCAGCUGGUUCGCUUGGCAUGUCGAGGACCACGACUUGCACAGCCUGAACUACCUCCACAUGGGUGCCGGCAAGACCUGGUACGGCGUCCCUCGAGAUGCUGCUGUCGCGUUUGAGGAGGUUGUUAGGGUUCACGGCUACGGUGGAGAAAUUAAUCCUCUCGUUACAUUUGCUAUUCUUGGUGAGAAAACCACGGUGAUGUCGCCUGAAGUAUUUCUCAGUGCAGGUGUUCCAUGCUGCAGGUUAGUACAAAAUGCUGGGGAAUUUGUUGUGACGUUUCCAAGAGCCUAUCACACAGGGUUUAGUCAUGGUUUUAACUGUGGAGAGGCAGCGAACAUUGCUACACCUGAGUGGUUGAGGGUUGCUAAAGAUGCUGCCAUUCGGAGGGCUUCGCUAAAUUAUCCUCCCAUGGUUUCACAUUUCCAGUUACUUUAUGACCUUGCCUUAGCUUUGUGUUCUAGAAUUCCUGCAAGCAUCAGUGCUGAACCUCGUAGUUCUCGUCUUAAAGAUAAGAAGAAGGGUGAAGGAGAAACUGUAAUUAAAGAACUAUUUGUCCAAGAUGUGCUACAGAACAAUGACCUGCUUCAUAUACUGGGGAAAGAAUCUGCUGUAGUACUUCUACCUCGUAGCUCAGUUGACAUUUCUGUUUGCUCAAAAUUACGUGUUGGAUCCCAGCAAUCCAUCAAUGUAAGCAAUUCUGAGGGAAUGCAUUCCUCAAAAGAUUUUGUUUCUGAUGAUCUGGUAUUCAACAGGAGUCAUGGAAUCAAGCAAGAAAAAACUUUCUAUUCCGUGAAAGACAAGUUUAGUACGAUGUAUGAAAGGAAUAGGGUUUCCUCUUUUGAUGUAAAUGGUAGCUUAAUCUCUUCAAGUUCUAAGCCACUUCAAAGGGACACUGAGGGAGGAACUAGUAAAGAAGAUGGAUUGUCAGAUCAGAGACUGUUUUCAUGUGUCACUUGUGGAAUAUUGAGCUUUUCCUGUGUUGCUAUUGUACAGCCUAGAGAUCCGGCUGCUAGAUAUCUCGUGUCAGCUGAUUGCAGCUUCUGUAAUGAUUGGGUUGUUGGUUCUGGAGUAUCUAACAGUAAACUUACUACUGCCCCUGAAAAAGCAAUUAUUCCUGUGCCAAAUAUGUAUACAGGAUGGAUGAAAAAAAAUGUCCAAGAUGGUAUGCAAGAUGUUUCUGUUCAAUCUUCUCGGUAUGCUUCAAGUAUUGAAAGUGAAAAGGGCAAUACAGCUCUUGCACUAUUGGCUUCAGCGUAUGGAAAUUCUUCUGACUCUGAGGAAGAUCAGAUUUCAGUUGAUGGUCAUGAAACAAAUGUGCUGACCUCUGCUUCAGAAAGUUUACUUUCUCAUACUCAAGAUUCCCAUGCUAGUCCCGUGGCUGCACUUGAUAGCGGAGAUAAUAUUACGUUGAUGAGUGCCAGUUGUGAGGGUUUAAUGCAUCGUAGAUUUGAGGGUAAUUUAAGUCAUCAAUCUUUAGACCACUCUUUAAAGAAACAGGAUUAUAAUAUCACAUCAGGGGUUACAUUUGAAAAUAUGAAGACAGUGCCUAAUUCCACCUCAAAUUGUUCCCAAGAUGCCAAUGACGCUGAAAGGUCAUUGUCUAAAAUGUCUAUGGUUCCCUUUGAUAAUAAAAAUGCUUCCAUGGUGUUACAGUCUGAUGAAGAUUCAUCCAGAAUGCAUGUGUUCUGUCUGGAGCAUGCUGCAGAAGCAGAGAAGCAACUUCGCCCAAUUGGUGGAGCCCACAUAUUUCUCCUAUGUCAUCCAGACUAUCCCAAGAUAGAGGCUGAAGCAAAAGUGGUGGCAGAAGAUUUGGGGAUUGAUUACACAUGGAAGAGUAUUGCAUACAGGCAUGCUUCCAAGGAGGAUGAGGAGAGGAUCCAGUUGGCUCUGGAUAGCGAGGAAGCCAUUCCUGGGAAUGGUGACUGGGCUGUAAAACUAGGAAUCAAUCUCUUUUAUAGUGCACAUCUUAGUCGCUCUCCUCUUUAUAGCAAGCAGAUGCCUUACAAUUCUGUUAUAUAUUGUGCAUUUGGUUGUAGCUCUCCAGCUAGCUCAUCCGAAGAGCCAAAGGUCUAUCAAAGAAGGGUCAACAGGCAGAAAAAGGUUGUUGCUGGGAAAUGGUGUGGUAAAGUUUGGAUGUCCAACCAGGUCCAUCCCCUUUUAGCGAAAAGAGAUUCUGAAGAUGCUGAGGAUGAGAAAAUCUUACUUGGGUGGAUAUCACCCGAGGAGAGAAUUGAGAGAUCAGAAAGUACCCCUAAAGGUGAAACUACUAGCAGAAAGUCAGGUAAGAAAAGGAAAUCGACAGCAGAGAAUGGACGAACCAGGAAAGGAAGUUAUGCUAAGAAAAAUGUAGUUUCAUAUAAUUCCAUUGAAGAUAAACCCAACUCACAGCCAAGGAGUGUUCAUAGAAGUAAGAAAGCCAGGAAUGUUGGGAGAGAUCGUGCUGCUUUGAAAGGGGAUACUUCUGCAUAUAAUCAUAGAAAACCUAUUAGCAAAGAAACAAACUUUACUGAAAGUGAUGCGGUUUCUGAUGAUUCACUUGAUGAUGAAGAUGAUCACAUGCAGCAUGGGAGGAAUUUUGACAUUGACAAUCAUGUGGUUUCAGAUGAUACAGGGGACUGUGAUUCUGAUUGGCAGCAGAGGGAAGAACAUAGCAGCAAGGACGAUGAAGAUAUGGAGAGAGAUGCAAUUUCAGAGGAUUCUGAAGGCAAGCAUGACAAAUUCAUCAGUGAAGAAGAUAUAAUUUCUGAUGACCAAAUGGAGAGUUGUUUUCAAAAGCGGCAAAGGAGAACUCCUAAAAGCAGGCAAGCUAAGUAUCUGACUGGAAAAAGUAUAAUAUCCAACGACCAGCUAGAGCUGAAAAUGCAGAAGCAGCAACGGAGGAAUCCUCAAAGCAGGCAAGCCAAAUACCUCGAUGAAGAGGAUAUUGCUUCAGAUGACCAAUUGGAGGGCCAUUAUCGUAGGUAUCAAAGAAGGAAUCCUAAAGGCAGGCAGGCCAAAUGUGUAGUAGAGGAAGAUGAAAUGUCUGGUGACCAAUUGGAGGAUCAUUGUCAGAAGCUGCAAACAAGUUUCUCUAGGAAAAAGCAAAACAAAGGCAUUAAUAGAGAAGAUAAAUAUGUAAUGUCUGAUGACCAAUUGGAGGAUCAUUUUCCAAAGCAGCAAAGAAGAAUUCCGAAGAGCAGGCAAAACAGAUACCCUGAUAAAGAAGUUAUGGAUGACUCGGCUGAAAACAAUACUCGUCUGCUGCAUAGAACUCCUAAAAGAAAGCAAGCUAAAUGCAUGGACGAAGAUGAUUUGAAUUCAGAUGAUGAAAUGGAAGAUGAUCAGAAGCUGAGGAGAACUCUUAGAAGUAAACAAUCUAAACCAAAAACACUUCAACAGAUGAAACAGGCCAAUUCCGUCCAUGCAAAAAACCAGGCAUCUCGGUCCAUAAAACGGGGAUCUCGGGUUCUUGUGAAAUCAAAGACACCUCAGCAAAUAAAACCGCGGAAUAAGCAAUCCACUAACUCCCGAGAGUUUAGUUUACUUGUGGAAGAUGAGGAAGAAGGUGGACCUAGCACCCGCCUUAGGAAGAGAGCCACAAAAGCUCAGGGGACCGAAGGAAAAUUGAAAGAGAAGCAAACAAAAAGGAAGAAGGUGAAGAAUGAUUCAACAGCAAAGGUUUCAGUUGGUCAUGUCAAAGGAAAGGAUGAGGAAGCAGAUUAUCAGUGUGAUAUGGAUGGGUGCAGUAUGAGUUUUGGAUCAAAACAGGAGCUGCUGCAUCACAAGAGAAAUAUCUGCCCUGUAAAAGGGUGUGGGAAGAAGUUUUUCUCACACAAGUAUCUGGUGCAACACAGAAGAGUUCAUGAGGACGAGAGACCCUUGAAGUGCCCUUGGAAGGGAUGCAAGAUGACUUUCAAGUGGGCAUGGGCUCGUACUGAGCACAUUCGAGUCCACACUGGUGCACGGCCUUAUGUGUGUGCAGAGCCAGGUUGUGGACAAACAUUCAGAUUUGUGUCUGAUUUCAGUCGUCAUAAGCGAAAGACUGGCCAUUCAGCGAAGAAGAGUCGUCAAUAGAAAGUGGAAUAGAUGCUUAAUUGUUAUUUAACAUGACUAUUUAUGAAUUUGUUAAUCCAUUGCUCAAUUGACCCGGCUAGGACUAGGGUUUAGUGACAGUGUAGGAUAUCCCUGCAAUUGCCAUUUGUAGUAACUAUUAAUUCUGUUUGCUUUUUUGGGUCUUCAACCCAUUUGUUCAUUACAAUUAAAGCAAUUGCUUGGAUCUAGAAACAUGAUGCAAAUGUUUUUCCAAUUUAGAAAUGCAAUUUCCCCAAUCCUUCAUCUCAA